AUGACAUUGAUGGCACCCUCUGGGGACGUGGUGUGCUUUGCGCCGAACAUCCCGAACAUGAUCCAAUACCCAAUGGUGUACGUGCAGACGGGCAUGACAGGUCCUAUGGUGUCGUGGGCUCCAUCAUGUGAUGGCAAUGCUGCCACAAAUGCAACCGUUGCCACAAGUGCAAAUACGAACAUGAGUGGCAUGGUGGACACGACAACCGCAUGGUGGCCACAUCAAGCAAUGCAAAAUGGGCAGAACUUGCAGGUGCAACAAAUGCAGACGCAAGCGCAGCAGGCAACUUUACAGCCCCAGCCACAGCCACCAGUUCAGCAGGCGAUGCUGCAGCAAGUCAUGGCACAGGCUCAGGUCCAGCCGCAACAAAAUCAGAUGCAGCAUGUGCAGAUGCAUCAUUCGCAAAUGCAACAAGCACAAGCUCACAUUCAACAAGUACAGCUGCAAGCGCAGAUGCAACAGGCUGCUCAAAUGCAGUCGCAGAUGCAACAGAUGCCCCUGCAACAGCCCCCCUUGCAACCAGUUCAGCAAAAUCAACUCCCCGACCAGAUGGAGAAGAAGAUAUUUCAUCCACCUUCCCAGUUCCAAGUUGUGCGGGUGUCAGACGAUUCCCAGCCCAAGCCGCUGUUCAACACACCCGUGCGUUUGACACCAGCCCAAGUUCCCACUUCAGAACAUGAAACUGGAAAUGCACAGGAUCAAACUGAUGCGCAGCAGCAACCGAAACUUGAGCCACAGGCCGCCACUGCACAGAAGCACCAGCAACAUCAGCCACAGCAUCAGCAGAAGCAGCAAGCCGUCUCAAUGCAGCAUGACAAUCGUCCACAUGCCCACCCUGGUCUUGCGGAAACGACGAGUGCGAAGGCGAGCGGUAAACUGCGGACGCGGCGCAAGGAGCCUGGUGUCAAAUCAGCUUCUGAUCAUGCCAAGCUCUUCCAGACGCUCCGGUCACAUUUGGAGGUAGGCGACAACGAGGUGCGUCUUGAUGCCAUUCACCAGAUUCAGGGGAAUGUGGUGGCUUUGGCAAUGGAGUCUGAGAGCUCCAGUCGUGCCGUGCAGAUGGCAUUGAAGGUGGCAACUCGCCAAACCGCCACGGAGCUGUCAGCAGAGUUGACGGGACACAUUGCAGAGGUUUCACUGUCCUUGCAUGGGAAUCACGUGCUCCAGCGCGUCAUCGAGGUGUUACCGUCCUCGAAGACGAGCUUCAUUGCAGAAGAACUCAUGACGAGGGCCGCAGAGGUUGCUCGCAACGUCUUCGGCUGCAGAAUCUUCUGCCGACUGCUCGAACAGUCGGCCAAUCUCACUUCUACGCAGAAGCUCCUUGCGAAGGUGAUGAGAGACUCAGAGGACCUGGUGCAAAACCAGUUCGGAAGGUAUGUGGCCCAAGCCAUCCUUGAGCAUGGGACAGAUGAUCAGAGGCAUACGCUCGCUGGAGCUCUCUGUCCCCGAAUCGUGGAUUUCGCCCAGCAUCGAAAUGCCAGCCACGUGAUCGAGAAGGCCCUUACCUAUUGCUCAGUGGAUGACAGGCGUGCUUUAGCUGUUCAGUUGCUGCAGCAGGACCCGCGGCAUCAGGACACUGGAGUUGAGACUUUGGCGCGCACGCAGUACGGUGGCUUUGUAGUCAAGGCGCUUCUCAACCUCGGGGGUGACGUUGAAGCUGAGGCUCGCCGACAGCUGUUAGGCCUCAGCGGCCGCUUUCCCGAGCUCAAGGGCGCGUCCAAGGAGACGCGGUUUGCCGAGAGGCUCCUGAAGGAGUUGGGCUACUUGCCCGAAGAGGAGGACGCAGAUGGCCCGUUCGGGAAGGAUGGUCAAUCCGCUCGGGCGGGCCGCAUUCAGAGGAAGCCACCGAGGAGAACUGGUCUGGAUCGCUAA